AUGGUGGUAUUGGGCUCCUGCUUAGGUCCUCAUGGAAAUGUUGGGCCUUUUGGUGUUCAUGGGGUCCUGAAGGUAGUGAUGGCAAGAGCAGGCUGGCGGUGGGGGGGGUGUAGGAGGAGGCUGGCAGAAGUUUACUCUUCAGACAGUGUUUCCAGCAAUCUCCACAGCCGGCUCCUGAUGGAGCAGACUCGGCUGAAGAGGAAGGUGGACAUGCUGAGGCAGGAAAACAAGAAAGUGCAAGAGGAUUGGGCCCUGCUGCAGCACCAGUUGGUGGACAUGCAGCAGAUCUGUGAGGACCAAGAGGAGGAGACCUGCAACCUCCAGACCCAGGAACUAUACAAGGAGCGGGAGACUGGAGAAACCCUGCAGAACGCCAGGAAGCAGAAGCAGCCUUCCAGGACUGAGCGUGAAGGCUGCAGCAUCCACUUGAGGAGCUCCAGAUGGUCUGAAAAGCUGCGCCUUGAACUGGACCUGGCCAUAGCCCAUGAGGAGAGCCUCCUGCAGAAGGAGCUGCUGCACCAGGAGCCACCUGCUGAGCCCCAGGAAACACAGACUUUCUGGGAGGAAUAG